AUGUCGACCAUCGACGCCUACCUCAAGGCCUUGCUCACGCUUUCCGGAAACGAGCAGCUCGCCACCGCCCGUCAGAACCUCCUCCAAGGCCUCACCGACGACGACCUUUCGGAACUACUCAAGAAAGCAGUAGGAAGAGAAUUUGCACGCGGAGGCUUGGAGAAUAUCAUCUCGCUUAUCUUGGAUGUCAUCGCUAGGGACCCGGCCUCAAACAACGGUGACGAUACCACUCUGAACGAGAUCAUGGUGAUGAACGAUCAUCCAGCAUCAAGCGGACCAGCCAUGCCGGUAACAAGCAAGCGAGCGCCUCCACCGUCUCCCGGCGCUGUUAUCAGCAAACGUUCCAGACUCAAUACGCCGCCUGUAGUCGCCACGCAGGCUGGUGGCUCCGCUCGAAACGUGAGCCUUCGACACUGUGAGACGGAGCAGAUGAUCGACAACAAGAUCGUUCCGCAGAUUGAUAUCCUCCAGUAUCCGUACUACAAUGUUUAUGAGGACACCAAAUUGACUACCAAGUUCGUCUCAAAGUUUGAUGCAGAUUACCUCUCUACCGAUCUCCAUGUAUCAGAGUGGGGCAAGCUGCUUAGACUACGAGAGAAGGGUGUCGCCACCGGAUGCUGUGUCAACGAUACCGUCAUCAUGAGAGCGAAGCAGCCCGGUGAACGGACAGGACACAUCGACGAGGCCUGCGAUCGCUGCAUUAGGACGAAGCGCUUGUGCGCUCGGCUAGAGCAAAAGAAGCGAGGGAUCACGCUUGUCUUUUUCCCCUUACCUCAAAAAUAUCGUCGUGAUACAUGGAUGAACUGUUUGGACUUUUGGGUGCGUCCUUGA